UUUACCGCCAAGAAAGGAAUAAUUUAUGGGCCCCGCCCAAAGGAAGGGCGAGACGCUUUCCAAUGGCGAUAAAAGAGGACCACUAGGGUUUCGGGCGUCCGGCAUCGGCGACCUCCGCCAUCGAUCGAAUUCCCUGCUUCCCCUCCUCCAAUCUCCCCACCUCUCUUUCAAUUUCGACCGCACUCGGGAUUCCGCUGAUGCCCCUGGUCUUCGUUUUGGGGGAUUCGGCGGUGUGACAAUGCCCGCUGCGGACUUCCAGGGCUUGUCGGCCCCUUUCGCGUCCACCGGCCGCUCGUUCCUGAGCCUCCGGCGCGACCACGCGGCCCACCCGAUGGACGCACACCACCGGCACCACAUCGACGCUGGCGAGCAGCGGGAGUUCGACGCCUUCCAGCGCCAGGUUGCCGACCUCUUCAACGACCUCGCCGGCGGCGGCGAUGAGAUUCUCUCCAUCUCCUGGAUCCGUCGGCUCCUCGACACCUUCCUGAUGUGCCAGGAGGAGUUCCGGGUGAUCCUUUUCGGCCACCGCCGCCCCCCGACCCUGAUCGACCGCCUCGUGUCCGACUUCUUUGAGCGCGCCGUGAAGGCGCUCGACGUCUGCAACGCCGUGCGCGAUGGCGUCGAUCAGGUGCGGCAGUGGCGGAAGCACCUCGAGAUCGUGCUCGUGACCCUCGGUCCCGGUCACCGGGAACUCAGCGAGGGCCAGCUCCGCCGGGCCAAGAAGGCGCUCGGCGACCUCGCCAUCCUUAUGCUCGACGAGAAGGACACAGGCUCCGUCAUGUCCCACCGCAACCGUUCCUUUGGCCGGAAUAGCGGAUCCUCCUCAUCAAGCAGCGGACGUCGUUCGCACUUCCGUUCCCUCUCCUGGAGCGUCUCCCGAUCCUGGUCCGCAGCGCGGCAGCUUCAGGCCAUCGGGAGCAACAUAGCCGCACCUCGUGGCCACGAGGUCGUGGAGACGGCGGGGCUCGCGGUGCCUGUGUACACGAUGAACUCGUUGCUCCUCUUCGUGAUGUGGGCCCUCGUGGCGGCGAUCCCCUGCCAAGACCGCGGUCUCCAGAUCCACUUCUCCGUCCCUCGGAGCUACCUCUGGUCGGGUCCGAUCAUGUCCCUCCACGAGAGGAUCGUGGAGGAGUCCAAGAAGAAGGACAGAAAGAACUCGAUUGGACUGUUGAAGGAAAUCCACCAGAUCGAGAAUUGCGUGCACCACCUGACGGACCUGAUGGAUGCCGCCCAGUUUCCCAUGGCAGACGACAAGGCGAUGGAGGUGAGGCAGGGUCUGCAGGAGCUGGCCCAAGUCUACGAAGCUAUGAAGGAAGGUCUUGAUCCAUUGGAGCGUCAGGUCAGGGAAGUUUUCCUUCGGAUUGUACGAAGCCGCACCGAGGGGUUGAAUUGCUUGAAUGGUGCUGAAUGAAGAAAUCACAUUGAGGUGUUCUUGAAAUGGAAUUGAGUGUGCAAAAUUUGUGUCAUAAUAAUAUCAUCUUGCUUUCCUUGGGUUUCCAAGCUGCAUGUGGUGGCAGGCUAGGGAUGGAUGGAAGAUCCUGCAAUUGGAAGGAAUCAAAGAGAUGGAUGAAAUGUUUUCUUCCACAAAUAAUCUAAGCAGACUUGUCUCAGCUUCCCCUGCCAAUUUAGUUCUGAGGGCUUACUUCUUUACGUUUUUCCUAUUCAUUUCUUUCCUGUUCAGAACACCAUGAUCUCAAAGAGAUCAUGGUUCAGGAUGGCAGGAACCUAAAUCUAGAGAUCUACUAAUUCGAUAAACAUCUUGGGAGUAUCGCCAUGCCAUGUACGAUGUAUGGAGAUGUGGUCAUUGUCUGUUGUACUCGGAGAACAGUUACAAAGAACAAUGUCAAGAAACAUGCCUACAUCUUUAUAAUAUCUUUGGUAGGAAUCUAGUAGCAACUCCAAGAGUUGCUAAAAUUGAUCGAUCAUAGGUUGCUGCAACAGGCUGAUUACUAAAUUCUUGAAAUUGUUUGUUGUCAUGUAGAAUGCAGUAUCUUGUUUAUUCCUCUAUCUUUACCAGCUUGAUUC